CAUAUGAAACUGAAGAUAAAUACAGUCCUGACCUUCAGUCAGUGGGCGUGAAGAACGUGGCGUGCGAUGUGCAUACUUCUCCUAUUAAGCUUGGCAAACCAUUGGGAGCAACUGGAAUCGUUAGAGGAAGUGCGAAGGGAAGACGAAAAGGAAAAGGAAAAGGAAAAAUGUGCGGAAGUGGAGUUCAAGCCACUGAGGUUGGGGAUAUGCAAUUGUGCAUCGAUAGCAAAACAAAUAGUGGAGUUGACGACAGCAGUUCACCUGUGGAUGUUGAUGGUGUGGACAACGUGAACAAGGACUCGUUGACGAUGUUGGACAGCGAAGGGUUGUUAUCGGCGGAGGAACAAAAACUUCUUCACUAUGUAUUUGACGAUAGCAAAAAUGAAAUGGACAUUGUUGUUUCCAUGAAUCUUCAUGGACGGGCAUGUGAAGUUGGCACCCGGCGUGACAUGCGCACGCUCAAACCAGGGUCGUGGCUAUCCGACACUCCAAUCAACUUGGUGGUGGUGCAAUUGACUAAUCGACAGAGGGAUUUACACAAUGACGGGAGGCACACUGAUUGGUUCUUUCCCGUAUAUCUGUCGACUAUGAUUCUAAAUAAAGAUAUGCAACCUCUGGACCAUGAACAUAUCGUCACAUCAUUUUUCGGACAUGACAGAUACACUGGUGCGAUUGAUGCAUGCCAGAGGAUUUACGUGCCUUUCAAUUACAGAGGAGUGCAUUGGUUGUGCGUUAAAAUUGAUAUGGUGGACCGUGUAGCCUACCUAUUCGACUCAGUCCCAUCCAACCGACCGAACAAAAGGAAGCUAAAUGCAGCUAAAAUUUUGGUUGAAACUAUGCACGACUUGCUGCAACUACACUUUGGAAAUGAUUAUGUUACAGACGUGCGUACCUUCCACCGCUGCAUGUUAGACGAGAGGCCAGUACAACAACUGGACGACACGUUUGACUGUGGGAUGUUCGUCAUCAAAUUCAUGCAGCAACCUGAUUUAAGCCCCGGUCCACACAAGACUUCGCUUCGUCCGCCGCCAAUUUGUCAUCGGUCAACCAAUCAACGUUCUGCUUGAUAGUGCCGACUUGCCGCUCCAAACUUGACAACCGUGUGUCCACUUCAUUCAGCCUUUCGUAGAUAGCUUGCAACUGCUGGAAUACAGGAGCAACAUGAGCUUCAACAAUAGCUUCAAUCUUGUUCGAAUCGGACAUUUUGUAGGAAUAUGUGUAUGGUUUAUUUUACUGACUACUUUUUUAAAGGAAUGUACAGAUUCAUAAUAUUACACAACACUAUGCUGUAAGUAUUUGUAAUAUAUGGUACAUGACUUGUAUGUUUGCAGAAGACCUCAUGCAU